UGCCUCCACCCUCCUUCCCUUUCUCUCGCUCACUCGGCGAGAGCACUGUGCCUCCUUUCCCAGAUGGCAGCCGGCAGCGCCAUGCAGCCUCCCGUUCCUCCUCCUCCUCUCCCUCCUCUCCGGCUCUAAGUUAAUGCCAUGCUGCCACUGCUCUUCCCGGCACUGCUGGCCGCCUGCCUGCCGCCCUGCCAGGGCUGGAGCCCCUCGGCGGCUGCCAGCGGGCAGGAGGAGACGGAGCAGGAGCUCUUCUUGCCCCCUGCCAACUCCUCCUCCCGCUCCUUGGCGAGCCUCGAGAUGGACCUCGACGGGGCAGCGAGCAAGGAGGAAGGCAGCACCGACAGCCCGGGCACGCCGGCUGCCCCUAGCCAAGAGCCUUUCUCUUCCGCUCCCACCACCUCCGGGCAGGAGCAGCCGGGGCAGGAGCAGCAGCAGCGUCCCCAGCCGCAGGGGCAGCCGCAGCCCGCCGAGGACCCGCACUGCAACAUCAGCGUGCAGCGGCAGAUGCUGAGCUCGCUGCUGGUGCGCUGGAGCCGCCCGCUGGGCAUCCAGUGCGACCUCCUGCUCUUCUCCACCAACAGCCACGGACGAGCCUUCUUCUCCGCCGCCUUCCACCGCGUGGGGCCGCCGCUGCUCAUCGAGCACCUGGGGCUGGCGGCCGGCGGCGCCCAGCAGGACUUGCGCCUCUGCGUGGGCUGCAGCUGGGUGCGGAGCAGGCGGGUCGGGCGGCUGCGGGGCGCCGCGCCCCAGCCCCAGCCCCCCGCUGCCGCCGCGGCCGCCGCUGCCUCCCCCUCCUCCUCCUCCUCCUCCUCCUCCUCCUCCUCCUCCUCCUCCUCGCUUUCCUACCCGUCGGCGGCCGAGCCCGGCCAGUACUGGCUGCAAGGGGAGCCACUGAAUUUCUGCUGCCUGGAUUUCAGCCUGGAGGAGCUGAAGGGCGAGCCGGGCUGGCGGAUGAACCGCAAGCCCAUCGAGUCCACCUUGGUGGCGUGUUUCAUGACUCUGGUCAUCAUCGUAUGGAGCGUGGCCGCCCUCAUCUGGCCCGUGCCCAUCAUCGCCGGAUUCCUGCCCAACGGCAUGGAGCAGCGCCGCGGCACCGCCGCCGGCACCGCCACAGCCACCGCCGCCAAGUAGCCUCUCCCGCUGACUCCCCUUCUCUUCGUCUUGUGCUGUGGAGGGACGCGGGACGGACUCUGUCGCGUUUUUCUCGUUUGCAGCGUGCCACAGGUGCGCGGCGGGACGUGUGGCCGCCUCAGCGCCCGUCCCGGCCCCGAGGGGACCAAAUCAUAUGUGCGCGUUUUAUAUCUUUAAUACCCGUUUUAAACGAACCUUUUAGUAAAAAAAAAACCCAAAACCCCCAACCGAACCACGAAACAAUCCCUCCCAUCCAGGAAAAAAAAAAAAAAAAAAAAAAAAAAAAAAAAAAAAGGGCAAGAAAAAGGCCCCCUAAAAAUUCAAUGGAGGAAAUCAAAGACCCUCCUAUUUGGCUGCAUUUGUUGUCAGAGUAGCGUUUUUGUAUAGGAUAUGGUUUGAACGGGUUUUUCCUUUAUGGACAGAAAGGAAUAUCUCUCUUUGACAGAAUGGGGAACCGAUGGGGUAUAUAUAUUGUUACUGCUGAAGCUGAACUUUAAUGGACCUUUCACACUUUAUUUCCUGGUUGAGAUAGUGUGUAUUUAUUAUUGUAGCUCCGCGUUAUUUGGCUUUUAAUACAGAGGUUUUCUUUCUGGA